GCGGUGUCGGCUUCACGUAGGAAGAAGGCAGCCAUUGCCACAGCAGCCGGGAAGAGCCGUUUCCUCACGGCCUGCAGGAUCCAGCGCUCGGUGACGCAUCAACCUUAAGAUGAGUGGCUGCCGUGUCUUUGUUGGACACUUGAGCUCACGCGCUCGGGAACGGGAUGUGGAGAAAUUCUUCAAAGGAUAUGGACGCAUACGAGAAAUCCAUCUAAAAAAUGGAUUUGGAUUUGUGGAAUUUGAGGACCACAGGGAUGCUGAUGAUGCAAUUUAUGAACUAAAUGGUAAAGAGUUAUGUGACGAAAGGGUUACAAUUGAGCAUGCUCGAGCCCGAAGAGGAAGAGGCAGAUUCCCACAACGGUUCAGUUAUUACCAGUCCCAGAGUGGAUCUAGCCGAUAUGGACCUCCUGUUCGUACUGAACACAGGAUCAUAGUUGAAAACCUUUCAUCCCGUAUCAGCUGGCAGGACUUGAAAGAUGUCAUGAGAAAGGCUGGGGAAGUCACCUAUGUGGAUGCACACAGAAACAACAGGAACGAAGGGGUUGUGGAGUUUGCAUCUUACAGUGAUAUGAAGAGUGCACUGGAAAAAUUGGAUGGUACUGAGCUGAAUGGACGCAGAAUUAAACUGACUGAGGAUCACAGAAGGCAUAGAAGCAGAUCUCGAUCAAGGAGUUACUCAAGAUCUCGCAGCAGGUCCAGGUCUACAGGAUCAUCCAGAUCGGACAGCCGGUCCAGGUCCAGGUCAAGAUCAAGGUCCCGCUCUCGGUCCCGCUCUCGAUCCCGGUCCCGCUCUCGAUCCCGGUCUCGUUCUCGCAGUCGUACGCCUAAAAAGAGUUACUCCCAGAAAAGCCACCGCUCCAGCUUGCUAGCUUCUUCCCCAUCUCCCUCUUCUUCUAAAAGAAAAUCUCGUUCUAGGUCGAGCUCUGCUCAUAGCCGUAGUUAACCGCUCUUAGAGGUGUAUUAACGCAUUUAAUUUGAUUCAAGUUUCCUGAAGACUUGAGACAAAUUAUAGAUGAAAACUGGGAGGGGAAGAGUUAACAUGAUGAAAGGGUAACCUCCUCUUACAUUGCCAAAGUGCCUGUCAUCAAAUAGGCCAUCUCUGUGAGGAGGGGCUGUCAGCUUUCUCCUUCCAGUGAGUCUGGAGUGGGAAGUCUUUUUUUAUUUUUUUCCCCUGCUAUUAGUAAACCUUUCUAUCAUAGAUAUCUUAUGUACACAUAAUGCUGAGGUAAUGGGAUGAGACAAUACGCUGCUUUCUCCCUCUCUUGCCCCCUAUUUUUCCCCUCCAUCUCCAAGGCCUUUGACUUCCAAAAUACUAUGUACGAUAGCUUUUGUCCUUGGUAUUAAGUCUGAGAACAGGAAGCAUAGAUUUUAUUCCUUUGAGGUUCUGUGGCUACUUUUCUGUGUGAGAAUGAAUGGACCAGCUGACUUUAGAGUUCACUUUUAUCCCCCUUGCUUGGCUUAACAGGCUUUUUAAGUUCCAGCUUUAAAUGACCUUGAUAAUAUGCUUAAUUUGUAACAGACUUUCAGGAAUACACAUUGGUUAGUUGAACAUUGCUAAUUUGGAUAGUGAAUCAAUACAGUGUUAAGCAGUAGUGAAAGCUGGAAUUUCCUGUUAAAAUGAGACAUACCAUCCAGAUGUCAGGAUUGUUGGGAAUCCAGUAUAUGUGGUAUUGUAUGUAGAGGCCUUAUUUGACAGGUGACUCCAUAAACUGCACAGAAAUGUCAAUAUGCAUGUCCAUGUUUUUGAUGUUUAUAAAAGUGACAUAGCUUUCAUACCCCAAAGUAUGAUACUGAAUAAUGUGUGUAUGGCUAGUCAUAGUCUUGAUGGAAAGGAAGGUUAUUUUAGUAAUGACAGCAGCAAAAAAAAAAAAAGUCCCAGGAAAAGUUUAGUCAGUUGUGACAGGAAAAAUUAAUCAUGUUAAAGUGUAAAGAGGAUAAUUUCUUAAAAAUCUCCCGAAUGCACAGUUGUUUUGAUUAAUAGAAAUAGAAAUUUACACUGCAGAUACUGUUUGUUCUCAUAAUUUGGAAUUAGAUGAUUUUUUUUAACUUCUGUAUCGUUAAAGAAGGGAAGCGUUUUUGAAAAAGUAUGUAAAUUAAUCCCAAAGUCUUACGUGUGUUUAAAUGUACCAUUCCUAAUAAAAUAAAACCUU